AAAGCAGCUCUUCCAAGUUUCCACGCUAGCCUGCUCUCAGAGGGCAGAAGGAUCAAAAGACAUCAUCUGCCUCGGGUUACAUAAGGGUGAAGGAUGCCACAUGGCUGUGUCAGGUUCCAGCCAGGAGUAAAAAUAAACUAAAGAGGGAUGUGCUCCUCAGCAGGGCCAAUCCAGGAAGAAAGGUGGGGCUUGUGUGAUUGAAAUUUAUUUUUCCUGACUGUUUUAAUAUACUUCUGUAGUACAGCACGCAGAUCCCAAUUUUUUCAAGAACUGUCCCAGUAUCUGGCACGUGCAUGUGCAGUCUCAUUGUGGUCAUGGGGCUGAACAACCAAAUGAGCAGCUGACAGUGACAAUUCAGAUUUUUUGGAAGAGCAACACACUGGGAGAAUGCAACCGCCAGGAAUAAGGAGGGCUAAGGCACGCUGAUUUUUCUGACCCUGCCUCUCCUCUCUCCCCUCAGCGUGAGUGCAUCUCUGUCCACGUUGGCCAGGCUGGAGUGCAGAUAGGAAAUGCCUGCUGGGAACUCUUCUGCCUGGAGCACGGCAUUCAGCCCGACGGCACCUUCAAGGACCCGCAGGACAAACUCAGCUCUGACGACUCCUUCACCACGUUCUUCAACGAAACAGCCACUGGGAAGCACGUGCCACGGGCUGUAAUGGUGGACUUGGAACCAACUGUGGUAGAUGAAGUACGGGCUGGCACCUUCCGGGAACUUUUUCACCCAGAGCAGCUGAUCACUGGAAAGGAAGAUGCAGCCAAUAAUUACGCCCGUGGCCACUACACCAUUGGCAAGGAAAGCAUUGAUAUGGUGCUGGAUCGUGUCCGUAAGCUGACCGAUGCCUGCUCUGGGCUGCAAGGGUUCCUGAUCUUCCACAGCUUUGGUGGCGGUACCGGCUCUGGAUUUACCUCCCUGCUGAUGGAACGCCUCUCUGUGGAUUACGGAAAGAAGUCCAAACUGGAGUUCGCCAUCUACCCAGCCCCUCAGGUCUCCACGGCCGUGGUGGAGCCCUACAACUCCAUCCUGACCACGCACACCACGCUGGAGCACUCGGACUGCGCCUUCAUGGUGGACAACGAGGCCAUCUACGACAUCUGCCGCCGCAACCUGGCCAUCGAGCGCCCCACCUACACCAACCUGAACCGCCUCAUCAGCCAGAUCGUGUCGUCCAUCACCGCCUCGCUGCGCUUUGAUGGAGCCCUGAAUGUGGACCUGACGGAGUUCCAGACCAACCUGGUGCCCUACCCGCGCAUCCACUUCCCGCUGGUCACCUACGCGCCCAUCAUCUCCUCGGACAGGGCGCACCACGAGCAGCUCUCCGUGGCCGAGAUCACCAACGCCUGCUUCGAGCCCAACAACCAGAUGGUGAAGUGUGACCCGAGGCACGGCAAGUACAUGGCCUGCUGCAUGCUCUACCGCGGCGACGUCGUCCCCAAGGACGUCAACGUGGCCAUUGCCGCCAUCAAGACCAAGAGAUCCAUCCAGUUCGUCGACUGGUGUCCCACCGGCUUCAAGGUUGGCAUCAACUACCAGCCUCCCACGGUUGUUCCUGGCGGGGACCUGGCCCAAGUGCAGCGGGCAGUCUGCAUGCUGAGCAACACCACGGCCAUCGCCGAGGCCUGGGCAAGGCUGGACCACAAGUUCGACCUGAUGUACGCCAAGAGAGCCUUUGUGCACUGGUACGUGGGGGAGGGCAUGGAGGAGGGGGAGUUUGCAGAGGCCCGAGAGGACCUGGCUGCCCUGGAAAAGGACUAUGAAGAAGUGGGAACCGACUCGUUUGAAGAAGAGAAUGACGGGGAGUAAUUUUAAAAUACAUUUCGUUCCUGGUGAGCACAGAAUCGUCUCUGUACUGCAUGUGUCAACAAUUAGCUCAGAUUUUCUGCUUGUUGUAGACAGAAAUUUAGGAGAGGACAUUUUUUAUUACAUAAAUGACAGGCAAAUCAUCCUUUAAGAUGUCAUCAACUGUAGUAACACCCCACCACUCCCAGUAAUGUAAAAAGACUUGUUCUCCCUUGCACACCCAAUGUGAGCCUCUCUGAGCUCUAGUGAACAUGAAAAACUCACUACAUUCCACAUAGGUCAUCCCAAAAAGCUGCAGAAUGCUGCUUCCUGCUCUGGCAUAAGAGCAGCACAGCCAGCAGGGACACCACAGACACCUGCCCAAGCCAGGAUUCUGUGGAAUUUCCAGUCAGCUACAACACUCUGUGGAUUAUUUGAAAAGUCAUGGCAGUCAGGUGAAGUCCCAGGGGACUGGAAAAAGAGAAACAUUGUCCCCAAUGUUAAAAAGGGCAGAAAGGAGGGUCCUGGUGGCUGCCAACCUCUUGGCCUCACCUCUGUGCCUGGGAACAGCAUGGAAGAAGCCCUCCAAGAAGCUAUGCUAAGGCAUAUGGAAGGCAGAUUUAUUUGGA